AUGGAGAUUGUAAACGGACACACGUGUUUUAAUAUGGAGAUUGUAAACGGACACACGUGUUUUAAUGUGGAGAUUGUAAACGGACACACGUAUUAUAAUAAGGAGAUUGUGAACGGAGACACGUAUUUUAAUAUGGAGAUUGUGAACGGACACACGUGUUUUAAUAUGGAGAUUGUAAACGGACACACGUGUUUUAAUAUGGAGAUUGAAAAAGGAUACACGUGUUUUAAUAUGGAGAUUGUAAACGGACACACGUGUUUUAAUAAGGAGAUUGUAAGCGGACAUACGUGUUUUAAUAUGGAGAUUGUAAACGGACACACGUGUUUUAAUAUGGAGAUUGUAAACGGACACACGUGUUUUAAUAUGGAGAUUGUAAACGGACACACGUGUUUUAAUAUGGAGAUUGUAACUGGACACACGUGUUUUAAUAUGGAGAUUGUAAACGGACACACGUGUUUUAAUAUGGAGAUUGUAAACGGACACACGUGUUUUAAUAUGGAGAUUGUAAAUGGACACACGUGUUUUAAUAUGGAGAUUGUAAACGGACACACGUGUUUUAAUAUGGAGAUUGUAAAUGGACACACGUGUUUUAAUAUGGAGAUUGUAAACGGACACAUGUGUUUUAAUAUGGAGAUUGUAAACGGACACACGUGUUUUAAUAUGGAGAUUGUAAACGGACGCACCAGAUGUCACAGGCUACGUAAUGCUCUAAAGUGCCUGGACAAUAGAGGCGACCCGACCGACAACGACUUAGAACUUGAUCUUCCCGUGCUUGCAAUGGCAGAGGUACUUGGUCGUGGGUAA